UCUUUUUAUAUAUAUAUAUAAAAUAACGGGGAUCUAACUCUGUACCAAAAAGGAGCUAACAAAUUUCACCAUUUCUUGAUAUCCCAGUAAAGAAGAAAAAAGACCAAGAAAUGGAAGCAAAAAAAGAAGGUUUCAGGAAGUAUCUGGAGGUCAGUGGAGUUCUUGAUGCUCUAACCAAAGUCCUUGUUGCACUAUACGAACAGAACGACAAACCUUCUUCAGCCCUUGAAUUUGUUCAGCAAAAAUUAGGUGGUCCAUCACUGUCUGAAUAUGAAAAGCUACAAGCUGAGUUAUCAGAUCUGCAAAUCAGAUAUAAUGAACUUCUAAAAGAAAACCAAGAAAGAUGCAGGGAGUUGGAGGAAUUGAAACACACACAAGUAGAAGCAUCAGCUACUAAGGAGCUUGAUGUAGGAAAUACUCGUGAUGAAGAACUCAAGAGUGCAGAUGUAGUAAAGAGUUAAAAAUGCUUUAACGACUUCAAUUCUUUUGAAUACUGGAGCUGUUGUAAUCUCAUUUGAUCUGUAAUGACAACUGAAAGUGAAUUUCUAAACUUUUUAUUUUUGAUACUGAAAAUUAUGUUCUUUGACCCUAAUACAUCAGUAGGAAUGUAAUACUCUAGCUUUGUGUUAUAUAUAGCCAUAUCAAUUGGUACAUUGUGUUGCA